AUGACAACAAAACAGUCGCCGAAGGAUAAGGCGAAUAUCAAAUCCAAAAGCUCAGCGUCCCAGCUACUAUCGUUUCUAAAUUACUAUAUCACAUACCCGAUAGCCUUGACCCUCAUCUCGUAUUCGUUUUAUUUGAUUUCUUUCAAGUACGUUGACUAUCAAUUCAUUGAUGAAAUCUUCCAUAUUCCUCAAGCUCAAAAGUACUGUAAUGGUGAUUUCCACCAUUGGGAUUCCAAAAUCACCACCCCUCCUGGGCUUUAUGUGUUGGCGUACCUAUAUGAAAAGUUGUUGAGUUUCUUACCAAUCGAUACCGUGGAGUGUGAUAUCCCAACUUUACGAUCACUAAACACCAUUGGUGGGACGAUAAUUCUCCCACUUUGUGUGACUAUUCCAAUAGCCAGAAGAUAUCCUACCAGAUUAUGGAUUUCCAACGUGGUUUUGAUCCCAUUGAUCACGAUUUAUUUAAAUCUUUUCUACACCGAGGUUUGGUCAACCAUCUUCAUUCUAAGUUCAUUCACCGUCAGUUACUUGUGCCCAUUCGGGGUGAAAUCUUCGAUGCUCUCGUCAUUAUUGGUGUUUUCCAGUCUUUGGUUUCGGCAAACCAAUAUCGUAUGGUCUGCUUUUAAUUUGGUGAUUGGGAUUGAUCAGAAGAUCCGGUUGGAAAAUUACACCGUGGAGAAAUUCGAAACGAAAUAUCAAUCUCUUUCUAAGUAUCUCCAAUUUUUGAAAUCCUGGAAGGUAUAUUCAAUGAUUAUGGAAAUUCUUGUAUUCAUGGAUACCGCUCUUGGUAAUAUCCUUGCGAUUAUUCCAUUCUUGGUGAAUUUUGUGCUAUUUGGCGUAUUCUUAUUAUAUAACCAAGGGAUCACUUUUGGUGAUAAAGAAAACCAUGUCAGCACCAUUCAUUUCUCUCAAAUCUAUUAUUGCUUCUUGUUUAUGGGAUUUUGUGGCUGGCCAUUAAUCCUAUCCCGGAAAUCUUUGGCGGGGUAUCUUCAGUUCAGUUUUGGAUCUAUGGGGAAAAUCAUCGGUACAGCAAUGAUUUAUACAAUGAUGGCUUAUACCAUUAAACACUUCACGGUGGUUCACCCAUUCUUAUUGGCUGAUAAUCGCCAUUACACGUUUUAUUUGUGGAGAAAAGUAAUAGAUUCCGGGACCUAUAGUCGUUACGCGAUGAUUCCAAUCUAUCAUUUCUUGAUGGUGUUAAUGUUGGCCCAAUUUGCCAAGGGACAUCGCAGUACGACCAAUGUGGUGUUGGUGUUGGGGUAUAUGUUUUGUUUAUUUGCCACCAUCAUUCCUUCCCCAUUGUUCGAACCAAGAUAUUACAUCCUUCCGUACUUGUACUGGAGAUUAUUGACCGAUGCUGGAUCGGUCGAUGACACUUUGGAAUUAUUUGGUUGGAAAUUCUCUGGAGAACAGGAAAUUUUGGCGAAAUUGGGGGCGGAAUUUAUUUGGAAUUUGGUGGUGAAUCUUGCCAUGUUGUUUGUGUUCAUCAAUUUUGAAUUCUCAUGGGAUAGUGAGCCAGAGGUUAUCCAAAGAAUAAUUUGGUAG